UCCAAGUCAUCAGUCGUUGGUUCAGCCUUCCCAUAGAUACACUUCCAUCACAUCAACUCCACAAUGGCCAAGUUCCAAGUAGUCCUCGUGGUUGCGGCCCUUAGCUUGCUGGCCGUUUCCGAAGCCCAGAAGCAGCGCUAUUCGCAGCGCUUGAGCCGCGGACGAUCGAGGUAUUCUGCUCGCCAGGAGCUGGCUCCCGCGGAUGGAGGCGAUACGGAUGCUGUGACGCCCUAUCCCUCGGCCGAUGAGCUGAAGCCGGAAGUGCCGUUCGAUGAGGCGGCUGCUCCUUCGGCUGCUGAACCCACACCGGAUGCCGUCUACGGACCGCCCGAAGCUGCGCCCAACAACGUUCCCGAUGAGGUGUACGGACCGCCGGACGUGACCGGAAACGACCUGCCCGCCGCCGCUGACAUUCCGGCGGAGCAGCAGGCUCGUUUGGUGGCCGCCAGGAGGGCUGCUAAUUACCGGCGAAUCGCCCAGCCAGUGGCCCACCUUCGUCCGUCUUCUGCUGCGGCUCGUCCGGCCAAGUUAAGCGCUGCCCGCUCCACGGUGCGACGAUUCUAGAAUAAAUGGCAGAAGCCAACUCAAAACAAAAACCCAUGACGAUCCAACCGAGACACGAUGACGACAAAGCUACCCUCGCGCACACUUUCUUCACCUGGACACACUGAUAUACACAUGAAAAUCUACUCGAUUAUAAUAUAACACGAAUAAAUUUUGUUUUGAGGCAGAA